GGCCUGGGAUUUUGAUGACUCGCCUAUUCUUUUCUUCCGCAUGAAUUGCUGUUUCAAAUUUUCAAUUCAUCUUCUCCGACUUUCAUCUCCCUCAAUCCAUCACUCCAUAUUCUUCUUCUUCUUCCUCCUCCAAUCUCAAGCCUUCGAUUCUCCUCUUCGGACGUAGUUCUUCAGAUGCAGCUAGCGCCACCGAGUCCCAUCCAUAGUCCGCCGUCUUCUGGCGUAUCUGGACGCCUUUCUCCCAAUUAUCCAGUCAGCCGUACGCCGGCUGUAGUGUCCCGCCGCCAGACGCUCGAUUUCUCCACAGGUUCUCAGCGUCUCCAUGCUCCAUAUAGCUCUUUAGGUUUGGCUCUAUUAUGAUUGUAGAUAUGUUGGCAUCGAGUGAUGCCUUAUGGAAAUCUGGCCCAGAUUUCUCCAUCUUAGGGAAUUUUCAUUCUAAACAACAAGGUAGAUCUUAUAGAAGAGAUGCGUGGAGUGGAUAUUCUAGGAGGCCUUUCAGUGGUUUGCUUAAGUCCUGGGUGAUUGGGAGAUUUGUUCCCGUGCAUCUCUUCAUUCCAUGCCCAGCUAAAGUUGGACACAAGGGCGUGAAGUGUUUCAGUUUUGUUGAGGAGCCGUGGCUAUUGCAGCCGCCUUUGGUUUCUAAUCAAUUUUCAGAAUCAGAUGGUGGUGAUGGUUUCGGUACACAGCUUUCCACCGCUGAUGCAGGGGAAUCUGGAAUCGAAUAUCGGGUUGAAGUUGCUACAACAGACAAGAAGAGUGAAAUUCCGGUAGCCUCUUUUGAAUCAGGUUUUCCUGUUGAGGAGCCCUGGCUGGCUGAAUCAACGAUCGGUUAUUCUUUUUCUAAUGUCAACAUGACCCUUGAUGUGUCUGCUUGUGAAGAACAGACUAGAAGUGCGGAAAAUCGCCACACAACGGUUCCAGUAGCCUCUGUAGAAUCACGUUAUCCUGUUGAGGAGCCCUGGCUGGCCGAAUCAAUGAUCGGUUAUUCCAUUUCUAAUGUCAAAAUGGCCUCUGAUGUGUCUACUUGUGAAGAACAUUCUAGAAGUGCGGACACAACAGGAAAAGAGAAUGAGUGUCGGGUUGAAGUUGCUACAACAUAUAAGAACAGUGACAGUCCAGUAGUCUCCUUUGAAUCAGGAUAUCCUGUUGAGGAGCCCUGUCUGGCUGAACCAAUGAUUGAUUAUUCCAUUUCUAAUGUCAAAAUGACCACCGGUGUGUCUACUUGUGAUGAACAUUUUAGAAGUGAGAAAGCUUACCACACAAAAGGAAAAGAGCAUUUUCAAGAAUAUGAGAAGCAAUUACCUCUUGAGAACACUGUAAUUACCGGGGAUAACUCAGUUAACACAGUUAUAUUGAUAAACUCAUCUGUUUGCACAAUGCAAAGGAUUGCUGUUUUAGAAAAUGGGAGAUUAGUAGAAUUGUUGUUGGAGCCUGUAAAAAACAAUGUGCAAUGUGAUAGUGUGUAUCUAGGCGUAGUUACCUGCUUAACCCCCCAGAUGGGUGGUGCAUUUGUAAAUAUUGGCAACCACCAAUCUGCAUUUAUGAACAUAAAUAUUCAUAAGGAGCCAUUCAUAUUUCCUCCAUUUUCUGAUGAUAGGGGCCGAGAAACCAUUGCCCAUGAGUCUGUCAAGUUUGGAGAAAAUUCAGAUCUUGAAACUGGAGCUACUUUAGAUGAAGUUAUAGAGGAUGAUGACAUAGAUGAUGACCCUGCCGAAUAUUUACAAGAUAAUUUUGAUCAGCAUGAAAAUCAUGAUACUGAUAAAAAUGUAGACUUUAGAGGAAAUGGUACGGAAAGUGAUGGUCAUGGUAUUCAGAGACACCAUCUUAAGAAAAAUCAUAAUCAUGAUAUUAGUAAAAGAAUGUGGGCGCAGGUUCAGAAAGGUACAAAAAUAAUUGUACAAGUUACUAAAGAAGGACUAGGUAGAAAGGGCCCCUCAGUCACUCCAUAUCCACGAUUACGAAGCAGGUUUUGGGUUUUACGUGCUAGCAGCAACACAAUAGGGAUUUCAAAGAAAAUAUGUGGUCCUGAGCGCACUCGUCUGAGGGGAAUAGCAGAGACCUUACAGCCUCCAGGUUUUGGCAUUACUCUAAGAACUGUUGCUGCGGGUCAUUCAUCAGAUGAAUUAAAGAAGGAUCUGGAAGGUUUGGUCUCAACUUGGAAAAGCAUAAGGGAGCAUGCAAAGUCUUCUGCUCUUGCUGCCGAUGAAGGAUUAGAUGGAGCAGUUCCGGUUAUGCUUCACCAGGCCAUGAGUCAAACACUAUCUAUUGUCCAGGAUUAUUUUAAUGACAAGGUUAAGAGCAUGGUGGUUGAUUCUCGAAAGAUAUAUCAUGAGGUUAAAAAUUAUCUUCAAGAAAUAGCUCCUAAUCUUUGUGACAGAGUUGAAUUAUACAUCAACGAAGCUCCACUCUUUGAUAAAUAUGAGAUUGAGGGAGAAAUAGAUAACAUUCUUAUUAACAGGGUUCCCCUUUCUAAUGGAGGUUAUCUGGUUAUAGAACAAACAGAGGCGUUAUUCUCUAUCGAUGUUAAUGGUGGUCAGUGUAUGAUUGGGAAUGGGACAUCCCAAGAGCAAGCAAUUCUUGAAGUCAACCUUGCAGCAGCGAGACAAAUUGCUAGGGAAUUGAGGCUGAGAGAUAUUGGUGGUCUUAUUGUUGUGGACUUCAUAGAUAUGGUGGAUUAUUCAAAUAAAAGGUUGGUCUACGAAGAAAUGAAGAAGGCUGUUGAAAGGGAUAGAUCAACUGUCAAUGUGUCUGAGUUAUCCACGCAUGGACUUAUGGAAAUUACAAGGAAAAGAGUUCGACCAAGUGUGCCAUUUAUGAUCAGUGAACCCUGCAGUUGUUGUUAUGGCACUGGGAGGGUGGUAGCUUUGCAGACUGCAUUUUCCAAAAUUGAGCGUGGAAUUUCUCGUUUUCUGUCAAGGAUGAAUGAGAAAGCAAACCCUGAAGAUCCCGUUUCGUGGCCCAGAUUUAUUCUCAUGGUUGAUCAGUACAUGUAUAACUAUUUGACUCAAGGAAGGAAGACAAAGUUAGAUAUAUUGAGUAGCUCUCUCAAAGUUUGGGUUGUACCGAAGGUAUGUGUGAUAAACUUUACAAUUUUGGACUUUUUAAGCUCAGUAAUUUUAUGGAUAUCUGGUGGCUGUUAUUGCUCUGAAUGCAUGAUCUAACUGUAUACACGUAAGUGACGUAACUCUCAAUGCAUCCCAUCUCAUGUAUCUCCUAUUCAUGCAUGCACGAGUGCAGACAGAAGGUAUUUGUAGCUUAGGGGUUGAUCUGUUCACCUUGCUUCUUUCUAUGAAGUUAUGGGUAGUAAAUGUAGCAAUGCAUCUUCAAUCUCAAGGAAACAAAUUUUCUGCUUUCUUUCCAUCAUCUCUGAUGGAGCCAAAGAUUAACUAUUUUUUGGUUUUUGGGUAUGAUGGAAUAAAGCAAAAUGAGCCUUUAAACUGUUUGCACUUCUUUUAUAGUGAAGUAGUUGUUUGCCAAUGCAUCGUUCGAUGCUCAUCCUGGGUCAUCUGGAAACAGCGGCUCCAUGUUUCAAACAUAGGAGUCAGACUGCGUACAUCCGACCCCCUUUAUCCCAUAAUGGGCGAGAACAUUUGAGACACGGGUAAUGUUGUUGUACCCGAGUAAAGUUGCAUACAUCUUGACCCAGACCCCAACGGAGAGCAUACUGGGUUUGUCUAUUCCUAUUCAGGUAUUCAGAUAACACCAGACUUGACCAGAAACUAUCAGGCCAGAUCAGGUGUUAUAUUUUAGACUGGAAAAAUAGAUAAGAUUAGAAACAUUCAAACCAGAUCAAACUAGGACAGAAGGAUUUAGACCGGACCAAAUCUUAAAACACUGGCAAAUAUAGUUAUAGACUAAAUAUGGAAAAUAUAGUAUAAAUAAAAAAUAAAUUUAAAAUAAUGCAAAAGGAUUCAUGACUUUUAAUAGCUCUGCUGUAUUAUAAAAGUUAAAAAGUUCAUCUUAAUCAAACACAAUCUUUUUUAGGAAUAAAGGGAGUAUGAAACAAAAGUAAAAGAUUACAAGAAUUUGUAAGGAAAAUAAGUGAAGAUUUCUAUAUACUGUUGCAACUUAAUCGUCACUUUAGGUUGUAUUGUCCAGGUUGCCAAAGGUUUUACAAGGGGUGCCUUUGAGUUGAAACCCAUGACAAGUGAUAAAGAGCAUGGUGAGAAACGACGAUAUUUGCCUCCCAUUUCAGCAUUAUGUCCUUUAGAGCCGGCUGAGAGGUUGCCUAAGAAAGAGAUGUUUCAGUUCCGCAUAAAAAACUCACACGCCAGUGGAAAAUGACAGUUGCAUCAUCCUCGUUCAGCCUAUGCAGAGUCAUAAAGCAAGAGAAGCGCACACUGCUACAAAACAAAACAAACUGUCCAAAGAGUUAUGCGAUUGAUUGCAAAGACUUAAUCCUCAAACACGCGACUCGGUUCGUACCUCACUAUACACCAAGUGGGCAAUAGGUGGGGGUGCUUCGUUUUUCGUCCUUCCAAUUAAUGAGAGAAACCUCUGUAAGCAAGCAGUGUUGGGAAUCAACAGCAACAUCGACGUGACAAAAACAUCCAAGUAAGUAUAGGGUUUUGACUUCUGUUCUAUUUCAUGUGCUGUUGGUAGGGGUUCCACAUUGUAUAUCUAUCUUGGUGCACAGCAAAAAAUCAUACAAGUUUCUGCAUAUUCAUUUACUAAAUAUUGGAAGCUCUAUUUCAGGAACCAACAACCCUGCAUAUCAAUGUGUCUUAAAAGUUAAAACUAGUCUUUUUUUUAAUGGCAUUUGAAGAAUUUGAUCAAGAAACUAACAGCAAAACUGUAAUGACAUUGUACUGGUUUACCUA